UGCCACAAGGAGCCAGCCACUGUGACCCAGCUGCACUUCCUCCCUGGCCAGGGCUGGCUUCUCUCGCUGCUGGAUGACAACACGCUGCACCUCUGGGAGGUGUGCCAGAAGGAGGGCUGCUCCCACCUGGAAGAGACCCGCAGCUUCGGCCUCCCGGGACGCCCAGGGUCCGGCAGCGCUAACUGCUCCCCUGGCAUCACACGGGUCACGGUGGUCCUGCCAAUGUCUGCCAGUGCAGUGGUCUGCCUGGGCACUGAGGGCGGCGCCGUGUACUUCCUCACCCUGCCCACCCUGACACUGCUGGAGGACAAAACCCUCUUCCCGGAUGAAAUCCUGCAGAGUGUCCCCGAUGACUACCGCUGCGGGAAGGCAUUGGGGCCUGUGGAAUCCAUCCAGGAGCACCCACGUGAUGGCAGCCAAAUCCUCAUCGGGUACAGCCGGGGAUUGGUGGUCCUCUGGGAGCAGAGCACACGUGUCGUCCAGCACCUCUUCCUGGGGAACCAGCAGCUGGAGAGCCUGGCCUGGGAGCAGAGCGGGAAGACUAUCGUCAGCUCCCACAGUGACGGCGGCUACAUGGUGUGGGCAGUCCCCAGGGGCCAGCAGCCGGUCAUGUCCACCAUCCCCUACGGUCCGUUCCCUUGCAAAGCCAUCAGCAAAAUCCUCUGGCGCACCUGCGAGUCAGGGAACCACUUCAUCAUCUUCAGUGGGGGGAUGCCACGGGCCAGCUACGGCGAUGUCAGCGUGCUGCAGGGCCAGACCCUGGCCACACUCGACUUCACCUCCCGUGUCAUCGACUUCUUCACGGUGCAGAGUGCUGAGGUGCCUGAGGGAG